AUGGCGGCGACCAUGCCAACACAUGACGCCCAAAAGGCGGCCGCGAUGGACAAUAUCGACCACUCCUUGGAUGGAGAGUCACGACAGGGGGAGAUUAUUGCGAUUCUGGUGGUUGGGUCCGUACUAUCGAGUGUGGCGGUUGGACUAAGGGCCUUCACGAGGCUCAAGAUGCUUCGAACUUUCGGCGUCGACGACGCGACAAUGCUACUGGCGCAAAUGCUAGCACUAGGAUCAGCAGUCGCGAUCGGACUAGAAGGAAAAUGGGGACUCGGCUCUCAUUCCUGGGUACCACCACCUGAGGACUAUGUUCCAUACAUGAAGUCCUUUUACUCCUCGAUUGUCGUUUACAACAUCGCAAUCUGCCUCGUCAAAGUCUCGAUCCUCUUUCAAUACCGCCGCAUCUUCGCAAACGAGAUCAUGCAGAAGUUGACGAUGUACGGUCUGGCGUUCAUGUUGACGUGGACCUUCACCCUCUCUAUUCUUCUCCCACUUGUGUGCUACCCAGUCGCCAAAUUUUGGGACGACUCGAUAGACGGCCGCUGCUUAAAUUACCUCAAUAUAUGGUACGGUAUGAGCGGUGUCAACCUCGUGUCCGACUUCAUCAUCUUCAGCAUGCCGAUCCCCGUCAUCAACUCCCUUCAACUACCACGCCGCCAAAAGCGCAUGCUGCUCCUUGUAUUUGGGCUUGGAUUCUUUACCUGCAUCAUCUCCGCACUUCGAAUCCGAACUCUUCGCGUCGCGGCCCAAACGAAAGACCCAUACUGGGACAACGUGGACGCUGCUACAUGGUCUUUCCUAGAAGUCACCAUCGGCAUUCUAGCAGCGUGCCUUCCAACCCUUCGACCGAUCUUCGUCACGCUACUUCCCCGUCUCUUCAACGGCUCUUCCCUCAACAUGAGGAGCAGCGGCAAACGUGCAUGUGCCUCUAGAUACCCGUCGAGAUACGCAAACCCUUACAUCCAAGCGAGCCACAACGACAGGACGACCGGGCCCUUGUACAAGAGCCCACUGCCAUCACCGUCACUGCCCACGAGCAGCUCGGAAGGGAUGAAGCAUUUCGACGAUAUCGAAAUGUCUGGGGGGCGUCGUAAUGACGCGCCAAAGGACUACACUGUGACCUGCAGUGCUGCGAGGAGGUCGAAGAGCCCGGAGACCAAGAUUCAGCGUCUGACGAGUCAGAGGAGAUCUGAUGAGGAGCAGGGCAUUGGGCAUAUCAUCACGACGACGACUGUGACGCAAGAGGUCACGUUCGAGCGAGCGGACAAGGCUUGA